CUCUGCUUUGUGAGAUGCUCUUCCUCGUCCGGCGGCACCGCCGCCUCGCUCUCCCCUUCUCCAGUCUGCACGCACCCGCGCCCGCGCCCGCUCCCACACUGCCCUCCUCUCUCGACGCCUCGGCGGUGCUCAAGACGCUGUCCCUCUACGCCAACGAUUGGCGCCGGGCGCUCGACUUCUUCCACUGGUCCGCCUCCCCCGCCGGCGCCAACUUGCCCCCGACCGCCGCCACCCUCGCCCGAGCGGUCGACAUACUCGGCAAACACUUCGAGUUCCCGCUCGCCACCUCCCUCCUCCUUUCCCACCACGAUCCUGGGGACCCCACCUUCCUCCGCCCCGCGCUCCGCGCCCUCCUCAACCGCCUCGCCGCCGCCAACCUCAUCGACGACGCCCUCCACGCGUUCGAAUCCACCGCUGCCUCCAUCGGACUCUGCGAUGAGGUCUCCUUCCACAUCCUCGUCGACGCGCUCUGCGACCACCGCCGCGUCGACGAGGCCGACCACCUAUGCUUCGGCAAGGACCCGCCGCCGUUCCCACCGGGCACGAAGACCCACAACCUGCUCCUCCGUGGGUGGGCUAAGGCCCACGCCUGGGCGCGUCUCCGCCAGCUGUGGUUCGACAUGGACCGCCGCGGCGUUGCCAAGGACCUCCAUUCCUACUCGAUAUACAUGGAUGCCCUUGCUAAGUCAGGCAAGCCGUGGAAGGCUUUCAAAGUUUUCAAGGAGAUGAAGCAGAGAGGCAUUCGAAUCGAUACUGUUGCUUACAACACUGCGAUCCAUGCUGUUGGGAUGGCACAGGGCGUCGACUCUGCUGUAAGGUUGUACAGACAGAUGGUUGAUGCCGGUUGCAAACCAAAUAUUGCCACUUACAAUGCGAUUAUCAAGUUAUUCUGCAAGGAGGGUAGGUUCAAGGAAGGGUAUGCGUUUGUUCAGCAGAUGCGCAAGACUGGCUGCAAGCCCGACGUGCUCACAUACCAUUGCUUUUUCCAGUAUUUGAGCCGUCCACAAGAGGUCCUCGGACUGUUUGAGAAAAUGCUUGAGAGGGGUUGCCAGCCAAGGAUGGACACAUAUGUCAUGCUUAUUAAGAGGUUUGGACGCUGGGGGUUCCUUCGGCCGGUGUUCAUUGUGUGGAAGGCAAUGGAAGAGCAGGGUCUUAGCCCGGAUGCAUUUGCAUACAAUGCACUUAUUGAUGCAUUACUGCAAAAGGGUAUGGUGGAUUUGGCUAGGAAGUAUGAUGAGAAAAUGCUUGCGAAGGGACUCUCACCUAAGCCCAGGAAAGAGCUGGGGACUAAGUUGCCAGAAGCAGAAUCUGAUAGUGAUAACACAUUAGAUGGUGUGCUUUGAUUUCUGUGAGCUAGACAGGGAUGUACAUUAUCAUGUUCUACUACCCAUUGUUAUCAUCGAAACAAUUGUUUGAAUAUGCUCAUGUUCCCAAAUAUAGGCUGUUUUCAUUCAAGGAGAUCUAAUAUGAUUUCAUGGAUUUUAUAUGGAAUUCAAAGCAGACAAUCAUAUUGCAUUGCCAUCAGUUAUCAUUAGGUUAUUAUCUGAUAAAUCUGUGGAAGAGGUGGGCCUCCAGAGCAUUAUGUGUUCCUGGAAUCAUAGGUGGACAUGGUCACAUGUGUAGGAAAAAGAAUUAUCAUAUGCUCAUGGGUCUGGUGCAGCGGUGAGAACUCUCACUGAGUCACCAGGUCGCACAUUCGAAGCAGCCUCUUCGUAUUUGCGGGGAAGACUUGCCUCGGUUUAUUCCUUCCCCAGACCUCGCUCCUGUGUGAGCCUCCGGCACUAGAUCCGCCCUUUUUUAUACGCUCAUGGGCGUCCACCCCAGUUGACAUAAGAAGUGGAUGAAAGAACCAAGACGAAUCAGCAAUGAAGCAAAGGCCAUGUAGUUUGUAAGGUCCCUAGUAAGUCAGCUUCAACUUGCUAAACAGCUCAUGACGAGACCUGGAGCAGGAAUACUGGUAAGUCAGCUUCAGCUUGCUAAACAGUUUCAUGGCGAGACUUGGAGCAUGAAUACUUCAAGUACUUAUCAUGUCAUAUCAGACUCAUUUUUUGGCUCAUUUAUUACUGAAUUAAAUUGGGAUGAAAGUCGAAAUGCAAAACUUUUAGAUGGAAUGCAGAUCUUCUGAUCUUCAUGUGGUUGCUCCUUAAGUGAAGCCAUCACAUCAGACAAACUACUUGGCAGGGGAUAGAUGGCAAUCAUGGCAUUCAAACUCAACUUGUUAGCUCUCCUGUGAGCAGCAUGAACUGGGUUCUCCUUUGAUUAUCAACUGGCUUCUGUUCGUAACAGAUUUGGCAUGCAGUGGCAACUUGGUCAGGCAUAGAUUCUCUUGAGUCCAAACCCAGUAGGAAUCAAAUCAAGAUGCUUCACAAAAUAUGAGAAACUGGUGACACAAGCACGUUGAUGGAAGUACCAUGCAGGCCCAUGAGGAGAAAAUUCAGAAUAGAUAUGUUUGAAUGCCACGUACUGAGCAGCUUGGAGGACAUUGACAAUUGGCAUGCCACAUACUGUGUUGUCAAAAGCGCAACAGGACUUCUCGUAGGAAGUCUGAAUCUAUGGCUUCGCUUAGUCUUGGGGGAGAGGCUUUCUGACAGAAAGCCUAAAUUGAUGAAAUGAACGUUCAAAUGAUUUUCAGGUUAAUAAUGCCAAUCAAGGAAGGCCCCUUUUUGAAAAGCCUCGAAACAUAUGAACCAAGCUAAAGAUGAAUGAAGCCGAAGGUACGGAAGCCAAAGCUUUAGCGUCGUCGGAAAAUCUUGUAGAUACAGCUCUGGAUACUCUAUAUUUAUCAAUUUUUGUGGGUUGUACAUGCCCUAUCAAAGAAACUGCAUGAUACAAUCAUAAGCUUCUGAAUCAUAAAUGAAGUUAAAAUACAAUACGUAUG